AUGGCCUACAACACGCGGAAGCGGAUGACGAGAUUACAUCGGCCCGCGGGCCGGCCGGUAUCGCGAUGGAACAAGAGGCAGCAUCAAGCUCCGCGGCCAACAAUGACUGGAGAUACGGAUGGCGGAUGCCCGCGCGGAGGAGCCGUCGCAGAGCAGAGCAAGUGGACGCCGCUUUGGCAACAGCUCUUCGCUUCCCGCUACUCGACCUCCGGUCGGCAGCCGGGAGCGCCAUUCUCCAAGGCCGCACCGCCGAGUGACCAAGAGGCCCGCAGUCUGCGGCCGGGGCGGAAGAGAAGAAAAAAGCCGGCGGCCGGCGAGGCUGGCCCGCCGUCUCCAGACAGCGUGACGCCGGCCCGCCAGCGUGAAACCACAGGUAACACACGCCGAAUGUCGCGCCACCGCCGCUCCGCUCUGGAGCACGUGUGCUCCCCUCCGGGGCGGACAAACACGCCCAGCCAGACAGCCCGUCGGCCGGCGCAUGUGCCUAAACUGUUUACGCUGCGCGCGCCGCAGUCAGCUGAUCGUGACAGCUCGCCUCCUCCGCCGCCGCCGCUGCUGCCGCCUCCUCCGCAGAAGCAGCAGCAGCAUCGUCCGCCAAGCAGACAACGCGGCUGCUACACGGCAGGAGGGCCCCGCGAUGCGUGUGCGACGGCGGCGGCGGCGGCAGCUGGCGGCGGCGGCAUCUGCGGAGCGUCACGAUCUGCGAGCUACGUGACGGCCAGAGUUACGGCUGUCGGGCCGAGAUGUCGGCUGCAGAUUAGCCGUCCGCGGGCGGCCGCGGAUAGGCCGAGGAUCGCCGAGAUACGCCGCCAGCGCAUGACGGCCGUGGGAAGCCCGCUGCCGUAG